AUGCCGCCGAAGAGGAAGCGAGAGGUGGACGGAGAGGCAACGGAGGGAUCUCGACCUCGUCCGGGUGAACGAGUCAGCGAGGUCGAGGGCGACUACAAACGCCGAGCGAGAGGCGAGAACAUCAUCCUCGGCUUGACGGGGUCCGUGGCUUCGAUAAAGGCGGAAGAUCUCAUCUCAUCGGCUGCCUCGAUACCUCGCGAGCAGACAGAAGUGGAUCUGGAUCCCAAUGGUGAUAUAAUACCGGCUGUCAGGGUGGUGGCGACCAAGGCUGCGAAACACUUCUUCGACUGGGAUAUGGCCAUCGAGAACUGUGCGGGUAAGGGUGCCGGCGUCUACUUUUACGAUGAUGAGGACGACUGGCGCGAAUGGAAGAAAGUGGGGGACCCGGUGGUUCACAUAGAGCUCCGACGGUGGGCGGACAUUAUGGUCGUCGCGCCGUGCUCGGCCAACACGCUCGCCAAGAUGGCAAACGGACUGUGCGACGACCUCCUGUCGUGCAUCGUUCGAGCGUGGGACUUCAACGACCCCUACAAGCGCAUGGUCAUCGCGCCGGCGAUGAACACGAUGAUGUGGGAGUCUCCGUUCACCCGUAAACAUCUGGCCACCCUCGUGGAGCUCGGCGGAGGCACGAUGGACGAUCAAAACAGGGUGGUUAUCGUCGGUCCGGUGGAAAAGACCCUGGCGUGCGGAGACGUCGGCAACGGCGCGAUGGCUGCGCCCGCAGACAUAAUGAAGGUGGUCGAGAAGUUGGGGGACGACAUAAGAGCAUCCGCGGGUACGACGAGGGUGAAUGUAGUUGAUUAUCGUCGAUAA